AUGAGGGACGAAAUACCGUACGAAAUGGAGACCGACUUUGGUGUUAACGACCUGCCGUAUCUCAGGGUGCCAAUAUUCAGAUGCACUGACUGUGGCGUUCCCGAGACGGUCGGGUACCUCAAGUACAUAUGUAGGGUCUAUCAAGGCGAGGAGUGCAGCAGCGAAAUGGAAGAAAUGAACAAAGUGUGCCAGGAGUUGGUGCAAAAGUAUGAAACAACGCGCGACCUCGUGGUGCGCGCAUACAUAUUGGCGGCUCGGGGUUUGGUGCCUCCUUCUGGGGCUUCUGAUAUUCAAACUUACGUUUGGAUUUACAACUCCUCGAGCACUGCAACGCUUUCUGGCGGCCUGACGCAUAACUUAAAAGACUCAGGACACGUGAAAAAACAGGGCUUUAAACCCGAGUUCAACAGGUGUUACGGACUCGCCUGCUCCCUUCCGGAGCAUGCAGUUGUACAGGUAGGCAGGGGAUUUCAUUCAUUCGUUUGUGUUUGUUUUUAUUCGUUGGUUCGUUCUGAGGCCUCGCUGGCGCGUGAACAUGACGUAGCCAUAAUGAAUCAAGGGCGGGUGAUGGACGAAUGUGUGGGGAGGACGUUCAUAGAUAUGGAGGACCGGUUCUUUAACCCAAAGGUGGCGGCAAUGGUAGAACAAGAAAUAACACCAAUUGAACUCAGAACACUCAAGGUUGAGGGCAGUACCGUUUCCCACGGGACGUUGAGGGGUUUUUUUGAAAUAAUGACGGAGGAUUAUGCUCAUGAACAUCCGCCUUUCACUCUCGCAAGUGCAGAGGCUGAUGACUUCCAGCUGAGGUUGGUGAUAUGGCGCGUGAAGGCAGUUCCCCUGGACGACAGUUCAUCGAUUUCGAUGUUUGUGCGUUCAAUAUUCACGUUGGAGGAGAACUCGGAGAUCGUUCGAGACACGGACACACACUACAACAGCAAAGACGGUUCCGGAGUGUUUAACUGGAGAUGCGUCUUUGACGUGAAAAUUCCCGCACCGAUUCCAGUCCUCAAAGUGCAGAUUUGGAAUUAUGCAGUCCUUAGCUCAGGCGAACCCAUCGGCGAAUGCAAUUUCGACUUAACGGCCGACUUCUUCAGAGCUAGGAAAAGAGGACAAAUCUAUCGACUGCCCAAGUUUUGGUUACGCUGCACUCAUCCGGCUUUUAAAGGACGAUCGCGGGGCUCUGUCGAGGUAGAGGCGAGUAUUUUGCCUCUGAAGGAGGCGGAGUACUCGCCUGUAGGCCAGGGCAGAGAAGAGCCAAAUAGAGACCCAUUUCUCCCGGCUGUGACACAAAACAGAACGUAUGUAGACUGGGAAGCGAUAAACGAAACGGUUGGGGCAGCAAGCAGUGCUAUUAUGUCUGGCCUAAAGUGGACAGGGGUUUGGAUGGCUGUGGCUGGAGUCGUGGCCAUUGUUAUCUUUAUUAUGUUUCUCCUCAAGUGA